AUGGGUGUUGUCUCCUCCCCAAACUCGCCACCCCACCCAGCCCAUUUCGGCCAUCAGACGUCUCUUCUGCCUAUCUCUAUCCUCUUCCAACGCCUGACUCGGCAAAGUCGUCAAGGCGAUGGGCAAAACAGGAUACUUCCUUUGUCUCCCCCCACACGCCGCCUCACGGUCUCCAAUCUACGGUCCUCCUUUUGGCAAAACCUCUUUUCCCUCUCGUCACAUUUACAAGACAAAAUGUACCAUUCGUUUUUCCUCUCUCUAUCUCUCUCUCUCUCUCUCUCUCUCUCUCUCUCUCUCUCUUCCUCGCGCCUGCCGAACCUUGACCCGGACGGCACAGCAUCGACUGGCCGGUACUCUGUUUUCUUAAUUCGGUUAAUCGCUUUUUGCCGUAUCAGCCUCCACUUUUUUGGGGCACUAAAUAAAAGUGCUUCUCGCCUGCGAUUUGCUGUACAACUGGCAGGCCAAACUGUUGUGACCUGA